AUGGACGGCCGUCAUUCAGCUCUGCUGCUGCUCACUGAUACCCCGUUGGCCUUUGCAGCACUGAAGGAGACCUGCGGCCAUGCUCUAUCAACUAUCUUGCAGGCCCACGCGACAGCUUCAAGAGACGAUAAGGACAGGGGGCCGGCGGUGCUGGACAUAGCCGUCUCUGCCUGCGGUAAAGGGAAGCCCUUUGAUCUGCUGCAGCGGUUCCUGGCUGAUAUGUACCGGCUUCUGGCUGCCGUCAGCGCUGCUGCCUCGGUCGAGCUGGACGGGCCCGGAGGCGUCGAUGCCAGGGUCUUCUUCGUUGAUCUAGACGGACAGGCCUGCGGUGAUGCAUGCAGUUAUGGUCCCAUAAUUGGGGUGAAGAGCUUGAUGCGGUCUAACAGGUCGUGGGAUACGGUUUAUCUGGCAUCGGGCUGUGAGAGAGCGGCGUCCUUUGCGGCAAUGCUCUCUGCCAGAGAAACCACUGAUAACAGGAUAAAGACAGCAGAUGUCCGUACCCUAGACCUAAAGACAUCAGGAGAGAAGCCAUCAACCGGCCUCGUCUUGGACCAAGGGACAGCUCCGCCCACUGCUGCGGCGCACUCAUCUGUCGCCGUGGGAGGGACCUUUGACCACCUACACGCCGGACAUAAACUACUUCUUACUGCAACUGUACUGGCAUUAGAUACAUGCUCGUCCAUAUCUCAGCCUGCACAGCGGGACGGCCAGGAAAAGCGAGUUGUCACCGUCGGUAUCACCGGCGAUGAGCUGCUGGUGAACAAGAAAUAUGCUGAGUUCUUAGAGUCCUGGGAAGACCGCUGGCAGGGUGUCUGGCGCUUCCUCCAGUCUAUUAUCGACUUCUCCUCUUCUAGCACCGUGGACAUUAGGCGUGAAAACGAGCCUGGGCCCAAUGGUAGACGAGUCAUCGUCUCCUUGUCCCCAGGCUUAGAGUUUAGGUUCGUCCAGAUUGCUGACCCGUUCGGUCCUACGAUCACAGACCGCGACAUCACGGCCUUGGUAGUAUCAAAGGAAACUCGCUCUGGCGGUCAAGCCGUCAAUGAUGAACGUCUGAAGAAAGGAUGGCCGACUCUCGAGGUCUUUGAAGUCGAUGUUCUGGAUACUGCUGAUGCAGUAUCAGCUUCAGAAGACAGCUUCGAAUCCAAGAUAUCAAGCACAGAGAUCAGGCGGCGACGGAUGAACCUCGCCAAGGAGAGCAGUCUCUGA